GUCGAAUAUUCAAGGCAAGAAGAAGACGAACAAUUGUUACACAUAAUUCGCUGGUCCUGGGAUCUUUUUUGCAUACGUCUGUCCAGAGACUCCUCCUCCUCCUCCUCCUGCCCAGUGCAUCAUGCGGUUUAGCGACAUUGCGUUCACAUUGCUGUUGGUGUCAGAAGGCGUAUCUGCAGCACCGAGACCACGAGGCGCACGAGGCGAGGCACUUGCCAUCACAUUGAUCCCCCGCGAGUUCAGCGACUUUGCGAAACGCAAUAAGCCCUCCCCACAACAGAUCGCAGCCAACGGACGCGCGUGCGGGAACACCGUACAACAAGGCGUCUGCGAUAAUGGGCGGUGCGGGAAUUUUGUUGCUCCGACUGGCUUCGAAGUAGUCCCUGGCGCCGAUUUGCAAUGUGGAGGAGUAAGCCGGGUAUGACGAUGGCUUCGUCUGGCUAGGCAGCCAUAUUCGACUCUUCUUUGGGCUUCUUUAGGACUUCAGGAACUUUUACUGUAUUUAUUGC